GAAGAAGCUGUCGAACAAUGGGAAUUGUAAUUCUGAGUGCAUUGGUCAUACUCCAAAGUAUAUUGAUCUCUACUGAAGCUAAUAAGACCUUCUUACUGCAUGUACGUUGGCUGCCAACUCAUUGUUACCACAGAAAGUGUCAUGUAGAAGAUGGUCAGAAAUGGGAUAUUGCGAAACUGAGGUUGGUUCCUCAGCUUGACUGGAUGAGCGAGAAUUGUUCGUAUGCCACUAGAUUUUGGCGUUAUAACUUGAGUACUAUAAAUGAAUUGUCAAAAUAUUGGAGCAAUCCGUUGGAUGAAUUUACGCAUUACAACCAUCUGUAUAGAGACUAUGCAGCAUGUACUGUUGUCGACAGUAAUGGACCAACUCCAUAUCUCUAUUUCAAUCGUGGCAUAGACCUCUUCAAAAUCGUGUCACCCAGCGCAAUAUCGAUCAGAGAAGGUGAAACAUACUCAACCAAAGAUUUUGAGCAUUCGUUGUUAAACCAGUAUCAUGCUCAACCUAAAGUCAUCUGUGCUGCUGAUGAGUUUAAUGGAAUUUUCCUCCACGAAAUCGUGUUCUGUUUCAAUGAACAUUCAACACUUGUCGAUUGUCCUGCGGAAUAUGCAAAUGAUCUCCAAACGUAUAUGUAUACAGUUAAUGGACACGCUGAAAAUGACUACCGGAAACAAAUUGAUCAACAGAAACUUUGUGGAGAUUCAUUCACUGUACCAGAGUAUAAAUAUAAAAUGUCUGCAAGAACAACAGAAGCGCCUGCAAUUGAUUAUUCAGAAGAUACUCCAUCCUCUUCAUCAGAUAUAUUUGAAGAUAUCUGGAAUUGGUUUUGGGGUCACAAUUGA